AUGCAUCAAGACUCCAAGACAAUGCCUAUAGCCAUCGUUGGCAUGGCAGGACGCUUCCCCGGAGAAGCCCACAACCCAAGCAAGCUAUGGGACAUGAUGGUCGACGGCCGCGAUGCCUGGUCGCCAAUACCAUCGACGCGCUUCAACCACGAGGCUUUCUACCACCCAGACCCAGCCCGGAACGGCGCGUCAAACGUCAAGGGCGGCUUCUUCAUGGAAGAAGAUCUGGGCCUUUUCGACGCCCCCUUUUUUGGCAUGACCAAAGCCGAAGCAGCAGCACUUGACCCACAACAGCGACUUCUGCUCGAGUGCACCUAUGAAGCCUUUGAGAAUGCCGGCGUGCCCAUGGCCUCCAUAUCAGGAGAAGCCCUCGGCGUCUUUGUAGGCUGUUUCUGCAAAGACUGGGGCCAGAUGACCAUGACCCGCGACCCAGACGCGGUUCCAAUGUACCAGGCGACGGGCUCGGGAGACGCGCUGCUCGCCAACCGCCUGUCGUACUUCUUCAACCUGGUCGGGCCGUCCGUCAUGCUAGACACGGCAUGCUCGUCCAGCAUGGUCGCGCUGCAUCUAGCCUGCACGGCGAUCCGGGCCGGCGACUGUCGCGGCGCCGUGGUGGCCGGGGCCAACGCGCUGCUGAACCACGACAUGCUGAACCCCAUGACCACCACGCGUUUCCUGUCGCCCGACGGGCGCAGCUACUCGUACGACUCGCGCGCCAACGGCUACGGGCGUGGCGAGGGCGUGGCGGCCCUCGUGCUGAAGCCCCUGGCAGACGCGCUGCGCGACGGCGACUGCGUGCGGGCCGUCAUCAGGAAUACGGGGUGCAAUCAAGAUGGCCGCACCCCCGGCAUCACCUUCCCGAGUGCAAAAGCCCAGGCAGCACUGCUGCGCAGAGCCCACGCCGACGCAGGGCUGAACCCUGCCGAGACGACGUAUGCCGAGUGUCAUGGGACGGGCACCCAGGCGGGCGACCCGAUAGAAGCAGCUGCCCUUUCCGACGUCUUCUGCGGCCAGGGCGCGUCCGGUGCGCCUGCUCGGGCGGCACCUUUGGUCGUAGGAUCCGUCAAGACAAACGUCGGCCAUCUUGAGGGCGCUGCUGGCGUGGCAGGCUUGGUAAAAACAGUCAUGAUGCUGGAGCACCAGACUAUCGUGCCGAAUGCUGGCUUCCAAAAGGCAAACGAGCGCAUACCUCUGAAGAAGUGGAAGCUUGAGAUCCCACAGACAACCCGGCCAUGGAUGCCGACUCAAUCAGGCGUGCUUCGUGCUUCUGUCAGCGGCUUCGGCUUUGGGGGCACCAACGCCUGUGCUAUUCUGGACCACACACAAGCCUACCUUGCCAGCCUACCCGUUCCAGGGCCGGCCAGAAUCCCAUCUCCUGCUUCGGACCUAGAUUCUGCUACAAAUCAUGUUACCAAUGGCUACCAUAAUUCAGACUGGAGGGACGAAUCUGCCUUCCGCCGGGAUGAACUGAAGACAUUGCGGAAAGCGCAGCUGGACAUCACCGGCCCCGGAGUCGAAGAAGUUCCUCAGCAGAAUGGACAGAACGGCCUGAACGGACAGAACGGCUAUCUCCACUCGUCGCCCGCAAAAUCCACCAGCCAUCAGCGCCGCAUCUUCCCCCUCUCAGCCUUCAACGCCGAAGCCGGCUCAUCCCAAGCCUCGCGCCUCGCCUCCUACCUCGAAGCCCGGAGCAACAACGACAACGAGGACACGCUCGCGGACCUCGCCCACACCCUAAUCAAGCACCGCUCCCUCCUCCCGUACCGCGCCGCCUUUGUCGCCCGCACGCCCGCCGACCUCGUCGCGGCGCUCCAGGCCUCUAACCACGCCUUCAAGACCCGCCGCACCCUGCCCGGGCUGGCCUUCGUCUUCACGGGCCAGGGCGCGGCGUGGUUCGCCAUGGGCCGCGAGCUGCUGGCCUCGGCGCCGCCGUUCGCCCGCUCGCUCGCGCGCUGCGACGCCUGGCUGCGCGAGCUCGGCGCCGACUGGUCGGCCGCAGAGGAGCUGUGCCGCGAGCAGGGCGCGACGCGCGUCGGGCUGACCCGCAUCAGCCAGCCGCUGUGCACGGCGGUGCAGCUGGCGCUGGUGGACCUGCUGGCGGACUGGGCCGUCAACCCGGUGGGAGUGGUUGGCCAUUCCAGCGGCGAGAUCGCGGCUGCGUAUGCAGCCGGGCUGAUCAGCGGGCCUGCUGCCAUGGCGGCUGCCUACUUCCGUGGUGUGGCGGCGUCGCAACCGGAGCUGCACAGCGGCGGCAUGGCGGCCGUGGCAGCGUCCGAGACAGAGGUCCGCGGGCUUCUUGGCGAGCUGCAGGCGCACAGUGGGCAGCACGGGUGUGACAUCGCCUGCUAUAACAGCCCGCUGAGCUAUACUGUCUCAGGCCCAGCCGAGGGCAUUGGCGAGCUCGUCAAGCUGUGCAAGUCUCGUGGGGUCCAAGUUCACAAGCUCCCUGUGAAUGUAGCUUACCACUCGCGGUCAAUGCAAGCGGUGGCAGAAGGCUACCGUACCGCACUCACGAAGUCAUCCUCAUUCAACCUCCAGCAUGACGAGCCGCUGCCGACUGGAAGGGCGCCCAUGUUUUCAUCAGUGUCAGGUGAGCGCCUCGACGAGCCAAGCCAGCUGGGCGCCGACUACUGGGUCGAGAACCUCGUUCAGCCAGUACGCUUCUGUGACGCUUUGAGUAGGCUGUGUCAAGAGCUUGGCGGCAAAAGUAGGAAGAGGGACCCCAAGAACAACAAAGCUCAAAACGCAGCACCUGUCGAUGUUCUCGUCGAAAUUGGACCCCAUUCGGCACUUGCCGGUCCCAUCCGUCAGAUACUCCAAGCCGAGCCAGCCCUGUCCGAGGUAUCCUACCUGUCUGUUCUUCGUCGCGGAGAGGACGCCCACGAAACAGCGCUGAAUCUUGCCGCCGCACUCUUCGAGAAGGGGUUUGCUGUGGAUCUAAGCCGAGUCAACCAGGCUCAGAGUCCGGCUGUCCAUGCUCCUUUGUCAAAUGGUCUUGCCAAUGGCCAUGUCAACGGCGACAAGGAACCGCAACCGAGCAGCGAGGUUGUCCAAGGCUCCGUUCUCGUCGACCUGCCAUCAUACCCCUGGAACCACGCCACGCGCUACUGGGCCGAGCCACGCGAGAGCUACCUCUACCGCAUGCGCAAGGAGGCCCGCCACGACCUCCUCGGCGCCAUUGUCCGCUUCAACAACCCGCUGGAACCGCGCUGGCGCAACUGGAUGCGCGUCUCGGAGCUGCCCUGGCUGCGGCACCACCGCGUGCAGGGCCUGACCGUUUACCCGGCAGCGGGCUUCCUCUGCAUGGCCAUCGAAGCCGCUCGCCAGCACGCCGCGGCGUCGCAGGAGUCCGGGACGGGCGCUAUCGGCGGGUUCGACCUGCGCGAGGUGGUCAUUGGACAGGCACUCGUGAUCCCCGAUAGCACGGACGAGGUAGAGACGAUGCUGAGCCUGCGGCCCUCUCAACAGAGGGGCUUCCGCGAGACGGGCUCCUCUGCCUCUCACGUGUGGAGUGAGUUCUUGGUCACGUCUUGCGGCGCGGACGGCAGGUGGUCUGAGCACUGCCGUGGUCUCAUUGCCGUGCGUUCAGUCGAUCAGUACAGCGGCAACAGUAACGAGGUCAGUGGGAGCCGCCUCGCGGAGCUGGAGAAGGGGCGGAAUGCUGAUCGCUGGCGUAUCGCGAAAAACACCUGUACGGACGAAAUCGACCCUGCUGCGCUAUAUGACCGUCUGACUGCCAUUGGGCUGGAGUACGGACCUUCAUUUCAAAAUCUGACGCGAGUUCGCCAUGAUGGUAGGGGAUCGGAGGCCCUGGGAACCAUCACUGUUCCGGACAUGUGCUCGCACAUGCCGAUGCAACACCACAGCGCUUUCGUCGUUCACCCUGCCUUUCUAGACGCCUGUCUGCAUGCCGUUAUGCCACUACGGCUGGACGUCCAGGGUGCGGUAGUGCCUACUUUUAUCUCGAGUGUCCACAUCUCGGCCGGCAUUUCCCAGACUCCUGGCGAGCAGUUCGAUGUCGCUGUUCACGUUGAUAAGGCGAACCGACGUCAGACGGUAGUCUCGCUGAGUGGCCAGCUCGUCGGCGACAAGACAACACACCCAGAGCCCACGGUGCGAAUUGACGGGUUGACACUCACCUCGCUCGCUGGAGGAGGCGAGCGUAGCGCCAAAGACAGCUUUCCCAUCAAGAAAUGCUUGCGGCCCCUUCUCAAGCCAGAUCCCGAUUUCCUGACGUCGGAGCUGCUCUCAAAAAUCUGCGCCCACCUGCAGCCCUUGAACCCAGAGGCAGAGCGGGCUGACCUGCUCCUCCUCGAAGAGAUGGGAUACAUCAUGGCCGAGAGAGCACUUGCGCAGGUGCCCGACAUCAGCCAUCUCCCCCAGGGCAACGAGGAUCGCGCCAAGCUCUACCGCUCCUUGACGCGCCUCCGAGACGACGUUCACACAGGCCGCAACCCACACGACGUCAAGGCGUGGAUCGCGAAGACCGCUGAGCAGCGCGCCGCUGUGUGGGAGCAAGGACGGAAUUCCACUGGCGACGAGGGCAUCUUUGUGGCUCUCGUGGGCGACCACCUCCCCGCGUUCCUGCGCGACGAGGUAGACGUGCUCUCCGUAGUGACCCGUGGCGACGCUCUUGGCCGUUACUAUGCCAACAACGUACGCAUGCGGCGGUCCUGCGAACAGGCGGCAAUAGUCGUGGAUCUACUUGCGCACCAGAACCCCAGCCUCCGUGUGCUUGAGAUCGGAGCCGGCACGGGAGGUGCCACGAUGCCGAUCCUGGAGAAGCUGGCCGGAUCGUCAGGGUCCGACAUGCCACGCUUUAUCUCUUACGAUUUCACCGAUGUCUCACCAGGCUUCUUCGGCCCAUUCCAGGCGAAGAUGGCCGAAAAGGGGUGGGAGGACCUGCCCAUCACCUACCGCAAGCUCGACAUCGAAACGGAUCCUGUUGAUCAAGGGUUUGUCGCCGGGACCUACGACCUCAUCGUUGCAUCGAACGUCCUACACGCGACGAAGGACCUCGAGCGGACUAUGCGCAAUACGCGCCACCUUCUCAGGCCCGGGGGCACACUCGUCCUCGUUGAGCUGAUGCGCAAGCCGUAUGGGGGCGUCGGCGAUUUGUUUGGCAUCUUUCCGGGGUGGUGGGUUGCCGAAGAGGCGCAUAGGCAGGACUCUCCCCUGUUGGACGAGGAUGGUUGGAAUGAAGUCUUUCAGAGGACCGGCUUUUCUGGACUGAAGGCAGCGGUCUGGGACACCGAAGACAGCUUGACACACAAGGGGACAACGCUGGUGACGACGGCCGUUGCCGAAGAGAGCCAUCAGCACCCGGCCACUGACCAAUGCUUCCGCGUCGUGAGCGGCUCAGGAUGCCCGUCAGCCGUUGUUGGGGCCGUCUGCGAGUCUCUCGGAAGCAUGGGGCCCGCACAAGCUUUCACACUGGAGCAAUACGUACAGGAUUCCAAGCUGCAGCAGCAAGACGAGCACACACACACGAUAUUUCUGGAGCUCGGUAGCUCGUCCAUGCUUCGGAACCCAAACGAAGCCAGCUGGGAAGCCAUCAAGUCCCUGGCGACGGGCAGCGAGGGUAUCAUUGGUCUAUUGCGGACGUUGCGGACGGAAAUCGGCGGUCCUCUGGUGCACCUCGACCUCGAGCCAGGAACAGACAUGUUGGCAGGAGAGCAGCUCUCGCAAACCUUGACCCGUGUCUACCGCCACGCGCUUGAAACUUAUGAGAAACAGGGUCUCCGCGAUGGAGACUCUGGCGGCGACCCAGAGCUCGAGUUUAUAGAGCGCAACAGCACUAUCCAGUUGCUACGAUUCACGGAAGACACUGCUGUGGAGCACUUUGUCACCUCCCGGGUGGGCGUACUCCGUCCUUCAGUACAGAGUAUGAACACUGGCACGCAGGCCGAAAGGCGGCUCAAGGUGGAAGUUGCGCAGCUUGGGAUGCUGGAUAGCCUGUAUUUCGGCGAUGAUGCACGCGUGGCCGGUCCGCUGGGUGCAAACGAGGUUGAAAUCGAAAUCCGAGCAGCCGGACUCAACUUCCGAGAUGUUAUGAUGGCCAUGGGCCAAAUCGAAGCGGCCGAUCUAGGUGCCGAGUGCGCCGGUACCGUGACGGCCGUUGGUUCUGCUGUCGACCAGAGCAAGAUGCGAGUUGGUGACCAUGUUGUUGCGCCUGCAGAUGGCGCGUUGUCUCAAUGUGUGCGUGUGCCAGCCAGCCGUGCACAGCACCUCCCCGAGACCAUGACCUUUGCUGAAGCAGCGACUCUGCCCAUUGUCUUCUGCACAGCGCUGCACUCGGUGCGUGUUGCCGCUGUAGAUGCUGCCGACAUCGUCCUUGUCCACGCCGCAGCCGGGGGUCUAGGUCAGGCGCUGAUCCAGCUGUGUCGCAGGGCCGGCGCGCGUAUUCUCGCCACUGUUGGCAACAGUGAGAAAAAGCGCCUCCUUGUGGACCGAUAUGGCAUUGCGGAGCAGGAUAUCUUCUGGAGUCGUGACGCCGGAUUUGAGAGCGGCGUCAUGGCAGCAACAGCGGGCAAGGGCGUCAAUGUCGUCUUUAAUUCACUGUCAGGCGAGCUUCUCCGCGCGUCCAUGCGUUGCCUCGCUCCCUGGGGGCGUUUCGUCGAGCUCGGGAAGCGGGACUUUGCCAUCAACACCUCACUCGAGAUGGCGUCGCUCGCCAAGAGUAUCAGCUUCCUGACAGUCGACCUCAUGUCACUCCUCCUUCAACGACUCGAGAAGGGUUCAGAGCUUUGGGAGAGCGUCAUGAAUAUGGCUCGUCGUCAGGAAAUUCAGCCGAUAGAACCCAUUGCCACGUUCGGAUUGGGCGAUAUUGAAAGCGCGAUGCGCACAAUGCAGGCAGGAAGACACAUCGGCAAGAUCGUACUGGAACCUAGGAAAGGGGAGUCAGGAAGGGUUAUGCCGCAGGGUGCCCCUCGUCCCUCGCUGCAUAGCGACGCUGCCUACGUGUUGGUUGGUGGUUUGGGUGGCAUCGGGCGAUCUUUCGCUUCCGUCAUGGUGCGGCAUCUCGGUGCACGUCAUCUAGUCUUCAUCUCCCGCAGCGGUGCUUCAACCCCUGAGGCACAGGACACUGUCAGAGACCUCCAACGCCUCGGGGCACAGAUUACCGUCAUAGCAUGUGACGCUUCCGACAAGGCAGCGCUCAAGGCAGAGCUCGACUCGCGCGUGUUGCCGCCCAUCAAGGGCGUCCUUCACCUAGGUCUCGUGAUCAAGAAUGAUCUCUUCCGGAACAUGGAGCUGUCCACAUGGCUUGAUUCACUCAAGCCCAAGGUGGAGGCCACCUGGAACCUCCACGAGCUACUGCCGGCCGACAUGGACUUCUUCGUUAUGCUCUCCUCCAUGGCCGCGAUAUUGGGCGUGACCAGCCAGGCAGCUUACAACGCUGCAGGCACGUUCCAAGACGCCUUUGCCAGUUUCAGGAACAACCAGUUGGGCUGGGCGGCCACAACGACCAUGGAUCUCGGAAUGGUCGUCGGCGUCGGCUACGUUGCUGACCGCAUCGGCACGCAUAAUCGGCUCCUCGCCCAAGGUUUCGAGCCUAUUCCUGAGGCCGAGUGUCUAGCUCUUAUCGAAGCCUGUCUCCCCGCUCGGUCCCAGGCCCAAGCGCCACUCAAGGCGAACAAGGUCGACCCAGGCAACAUCAUAACAGGUCUCUGGCCCGCACGGCUCCUGGAGAACAGGGGGACGGCCCGCGCACUGUACUCAGCUCCCCAGUUCGCCUACGCGCGGCAGAUGGCAACGUUGGCAGCGGCGGCCAAUGGUGGAGCGGGUGAUGGAGCUGGCGCCGAUGGGACGGGGCAGCAGCGCAUCAGAGAGUUGCUGCCGCUAGCAGAAUCGAUGGCGGACGCAGAGGGUUUGGUGCUGAGUGCCGUAGUGGGUAAAUUGGCGAGCCUCCUGAUGCUCCCCGAGGAAGAAAUUGGGGUGGACGACGGCCAGAGCAUGAGCAGCUAUGGGUUGGACUCUCUAGUGGCUGUGGAAAUGCGGAACUGGGUGGCGAGUGAUAUUCAGGUUACCGUCCCUAUCCUGGAGUUUUUGGGUACACAGAGUAUCAAGGACUUCUGUUACGCGUUGGCGAGGAAGUCCAAGCUCCUCAGGAAAGAUCUGUCCUCGGAGUAG